UUUGGAAAAAGCGGGAGCUAUCAUUGCAGCAUGAGAGGAAAAAAUGGGGGAUUUCUUUGCCUCCACCUUCCUGUCACAGACAGCUUAAAAGAAAACGAUGACUCAUUCCCUUCUCCCACUCCUCGUUUUCCUCUCUGUCUCAGAAACCCAUUGAGGGAAAAGCUGCUUGCUUUCCCUUCAUAUUCCUCCUUCCAUACGCUCCGUCUGCUGUCAAACCACACACACACACACACACACACACACACACAGCGUCUGCUGUCAAACCACACUCGGACACACGCACAUAGCGAGAGAGAGAGAGAGAGAGAGAGAGAGAGAGAGAGAGAGAGAGAGAGUUGCUUUUUGGGGAUUCUAGGUAGAGUGGUAUACUGGCCCUCUGUGCCUUUCCUCCCCCAACAUAUCAGAUGACCACCUCUAACCAUUCAAAGUUCAUAAAGUGUGUGACUGUUGGUGAUGGAGCUGUUGGCAAGACUUGCCUUCUCAUCUCCUACACGAGCAACACCUUUCCCAGUGAUUAUAUACCCACCGUCUUUGACAACUUCAGUGCAAAUGUGGUGGUAGAUGGGCUUACUGUGAACUUGGGUCUGUGGGACACUGCAGGCCAAGAAGACUAUAAUCGGCUCAGGCCACUUAGUUACAGAGGAGCGGAUGUCUUUCUUCUUGCUUUCUCUCUCAUCAGUCGUCCAAGUUUUGAGAAUGUGAUGAAGAAGUGGGUUCCUGAGCUGAGGCAUUACGCUCCAACGGUUCCAAUUGUUUUGGUGGGCACCAAGCAAGGUUCUACUAUUUCCUUUUCCGUUGAGCAGUUUCCCAGAAUGUUGGGUAUAGAAUGUUGCUGGAGAACUAAUGUUGAUGCCUGCACAAACUGGAGAUUCAUUUACGGCUAUUAUCUAACCAUAGAAACCCAGGACUUCAUUGUCCUACUCAAACUUCUGUUUCCCUUUUGUUUCUUCACGGAAAGGUGCAGUUUCUUUGCUAGGUUGGAAGAUUUCUCAUUGUGUGAGGCAUCAAAAUUCUUGUUACCUUGAUGUUCUAAGCUUCCAACCAAAUAGACAUUCGACUAAAUUUGACAGUUUCAAUAGCUUAAUUUGAAUGACAUGAAUUCAUAUAUAUAUUUUUCUUUGUAAUACGAACAUGUCUAAACCUGAUACUUUUUCAAACAUGGCUUGUGUUGCAUGGAUAUGAUAUCAUAAAAAAUGUCUUUAAAUACUUUCGCUUAGAUGCAGUGAUAUCCUGAUAAAAGUUUAAAUAACAUACAUUUGAUGAGUCAGGAAAUUUGAGUAAUAUUUGGCGAUUCUUGAAGAAAUAGGUUCUCAAGCUGAAGCAUUAAUGACCAUUUGAUACCUUGACUUAUGUGGAUGAACAGACCUAAGAGAUGAUAAGCAGUUCCUUAUUGAUCAUCCUGGUGCAGCUACUAUCUCUACAGUGCAGGUUAGUGUUUGAAAUCUUCAUAAGCCAACUUGAGAGUUUGCAUUCUCAGCUCUGGCAGCCAAUACCAAAACAAGAAUCCCAUUGUAAAGCUGGAAACAUCUGUCGAAAAAUUGUGUACCUGGUUGCAGAUUCUAACAACUCCUAUUGAUUGACUGCGUGAAUUCUUCAGCCUGAAUGGGUGUCUGUUUUCAGUCAUUAUUUGACCAUCAUGAGCUGCUUUAAGUAAAUUAGUAGCUUGAGUAACCAUCAGCUGCUCCAAGCCAGGGACUAGUCUUACAUACAGUGACUGCUAGGAGGCGGGUUGGGAUCCGCCGAACCAGGGGCUCGAGGGUCGGGUUGUUACAAUCUUUAUCACAGUCAUCUUGCCAGCUAUUCCUCAGUUGCAAAAUUAUGUCAUGAGUCUACUAUGUGAUGAGAUCUGCUGAUGCUUGUCCCCUGAUUGUGCUAUCUUAUUUGCU